ACCACCAUUACAAUCGUCAUCAACCGUCAAUAACUACUGUGACAAUGAACGUGGACGAUGCACCUAUUGCCACUACCGUCACCUCUACCACUAAUCCAUCCACUAUUGAUAACCUACAUUUUGAUGGUUUCAUGGAUUCUGUAAACCAGUUAAAUUUCGCCAAUGAUCAAGAAACUAAUAUAAAGAUUCAAGAAACCCUUUUCUCCCAUAAACCUCCUCUCUUCAUGGUGGACACAGCACUUCCUAUCCUAGAAGGAAUGUUCUCUCAAAACAUCAUCACAAACAAUAACAACAAGAACAACAAUCAUGACACGCAAAGAGGAGGAAGAGGAAACCUUUGCGAACAAGCAUUUCUAACAACUAGCACAGAAGAAUGGGAUAUGAAUCUUCCUCAACAAGAACAACGAGAACCGUUUCAAGUUCCUACGAUGGCGUCCCAUUUGUUCAAUAACUCUACCAAUUCAAAUAUCGAGACAACUAUAAGUUAUAAUCCACCGGCGCUACUAGAGGAAAAUGUGGAUAACAUUGUCCCAAUUGAAAAUAGCAAUGUCCAAGAUGGAUAUAUGGCAUCAACUUUCGAAUGUUUAAAGAGGCAAGACCUAAGCUAUGAUCAAUGGGUAGAUUCACAACAAUGCUCUAACUUUUUCUUCUGGGACAACCUUAACAUAAACAUGGACGGUUCAUCUCCUGUUGGAAACCAAGAUUCAUCAAUGACCUUGGGAUCAUCUGCCUUAUCUUCAUCUUUUCCGUCUCCAUUUUAAAUUAAUGUUUAUCGCAUCACAGAAACUCACGCUAAUUUGUUUAUAAGUAUGUUCUUUAGUUUUUUCAUUUUUCUUUAAUAUGAUCUAAGUAUGUUCGCAUCACAGUCUAUUUUCUGAUUUUUGUUUACUUUAAUAUGAUCUUGUAAUAAUGAGUGUUCUAAAUU